GCGGUGUGACCCUGGAUGAGUCACCUAACCCCCGCCUGCCUCAGUUUCCCCAGCUGUAAAAGGCAGAGCUUUCCCGCAGCUCUCCAGGAGACCUGCAGAGGCGGAACCCGAGGAGCGGGCGCGAGUUUCCGGGGGGAGCAGCGCGGGCGGCUCUCACUUCCGCCGGCGGCGGAAGCGGGUCUGUUCGGCCGCUGGGGCUCGGCGGCGGCGGCGUGGGCGAGCUCGGGGCCGGGGGUCGGGGCUCCCCGCGCCCACCCUGGCCCCCCCGGCCGCCGCCCUGGCCCUGCCCCCGCGCAGCCUCCCCCGCGGCCUGGCCCUGGGCCCGUCGGGCGCCUCAGGGUCGCGGCCCGGGCUGCUCUGUGGGCCCUGGAGGGGCUGGCGGCCGGGCUCGGACCCCAGCCCCGGCCCCGGCCUCCGCAGGAGGUACGGAAGGCGGCGGGGCGGGGGCCGAGGGCCACGGGCCUCAGUUUCCUCCUCCGUAAAAUGCCGCCAGCGCUCCCGGGCCCGUCGCCCCUCCCUGGGUCAUGGGAAGCCCUGGGUUCAAAUCCCAGCUGUGCGACCCCGAACAAGUCACCGCCCUGUGCUGUCCAGGGUUCCCUGAACUUGUCCACACGGACCCGGAGCCCGCUUGUCCUGGGGGGUCUGUGCCAGGCGGGGCAGCGGCUUCUGCGGACAGGGACCCUCCCCUCUCCUCAGUCUAGACCCGAGGUUCCCCAGGGCAGGGAGGCGGCUUUGCCGGCCUUGCCCCUCCCGGCCACGCUCAGUGGACUGAGCGCUUCGGGAUCCCCCGCGCGCUCCUUUCUUCUCCGAUAAACCGGGUUUUCCCCUAAGUCUCCUGACCACCUGUGGACGUGCCUCGCUCUCCCCAUCUGUCCAGUGGGGUGCUCGAAUAGCACCGCUCUCCCCUGAAGAGGAUCCCGAGGCCUCCGCCUCUUCUCUAAACUGAGUCCGAAAAGCCGCAGACCACAGACUAGAUGAGCGAAGGAGACCCGGGUGUGUUGCAGCCUGUCUCUGACCCUCUCUGGCAGGUCAUGCACUUCGCAGGGAGAACGUGAGCUUCCUGAGCGCAGCGACUGGUUUGAUUUCACUCUUUUGCGCCCUUAAUUCCCAGCGCAGUUCAGGUGUCUAAUAAAUGAGUAACUUCUGAUGGAUGGAUGGAUUGCUAUUUGACUCAUCAGUGCUUUUUUUUUUCCGAAGCGCUCUUACCUCUAAUGGUCUUGUCACUCGAUAGCGUUUCUUGUAGUUACCUCAUAUUACAAUGUCCAUUGAACUCCGUGUGUGCCUGGGGGUGCCAUUUCUGGACUCGUCUUUCUUCUCACACCCGGGACAGUGCUCUGCACAGAGUAGCGGCUCACCAUCUCUCCCCAGUGGGACCCUGCCAUCGAAGGAGCAGCAAAACAGAGCCCCCAGUUUGGACUUGAAACCCAGGGAGAGAUUCCCACAGGCCCUUGUUGUUCCCCAGAGCCCCAGGAGCACAUUGAGGAGGAAGGGGGGGAGGAGGAGGAGGAGAGUGAAGGAAAAACAGUCCCUCUGUCAGACAGCCCCGGAGAGGGGUUACAGCUGUCCCGGAGCAACCCAUCUGUAGGUCCAGAGAGCCCAAGCUCCAGUGACAUGGCCUCCUCACCCAUGCCUCGUGGUAGGGGCCCCUGGCUCAGCCCCCGCUUGGCUAACUGAUCUUGUAAGCUAUUUGGCCCUGGGAGUGAGAGUUUCUCUGGCGUCAAGAGCUUGUCUCCCCAAGACCACCAGAAUGGAGAGACAGAGCCUUGGGGCUUCACCAAGCCUCCCAGAGACAGGAGGAGCCCAAAGGGCACUGCCCAGCCCCUCUGGAGGCCCUAAUGUUGUGCCGUGUGCCGCAAGGCCUUCCUGCAGCUCUGCCACCUGAAGAAGCACCAGUUUAUGCAUGCUGGGCACAAGCCAUUCCUGUGCACAGAAUGUGGCAAGAGCUACAGCUCUGAGGAGAGCUUCGAGGCCCACGUCCUGGGACAUCAGGGAGUGCAGCCCUUCCCCUGCCCCCAGUGAGACCUACCUGAGCACCAGGUGGUACACUUGGGUGCCCGCCCCUUCACAUGUGACCAGUGUGGGAAGGCCUUCACCCGAUGGUCUUCCUUACAGCUCCAUCACAAGGCCCACCGCGUGCCUGCUGUCCCCACCCCAUGCCCCUGCCCCAUCUGCGGACACCCCCCGGCCAACCGAGGCUCCCUGCACAACCACAUGCACCUCCACACGGAAGAGAAGCCCUUCCUGUGCCCCCAUUGUGGCCAGGCCUUCCGCCAGCAUGGCAACCUGAGGGGACACCUGCGCCUUCACACUGGCGAGCGGCCCUACUGCUGCCCCCACUGCGCGGAUGCCUUUCCCCAGCUGCCGGAGCUGCGGGGACAUCUCAUGUCUCACACAGGCGAGGCCCAUCUCUGCCCAGCGUGCAGCAGAGCCCUGUGGGAUCCCCACACACUCCAAGCUCACGAACACCUGCGCUCUGGUGAAAAGCCCUUUUCCUGCCCGCAGUGUGGCCGGCAUACGCUCUGGCCACCAAGCUGCGACGCCACCUCGAGUCUCAUCUGGCAGCCAAGCCUUUCCACUGCCCAACCUGUGGCGUGGGCUUCACCCUGCUGCGGAGUCUCCAAAGGCACCAGCUCAGCCAUCAGAGUAAGACCACCAGCAGCUGCACCCCUGCCCCAGCCAAGCCCGCCAUGGCGCUGCUCCGGGCAGAGAUGGAGCUGCGAGUCACCCCAAGCGAAGGGGAUUCCUCCCCCACCCCAGCUUCUCACCCAGCGGAUGUCAUGGAAGUCACCAUUUCAGAGAGUGAGGACAGAUGCCUUGUGGCUCAGGAAGAGUCAGGCCCCGGGCACAGCCUGGUCAUUCAAGAGAGUGGGGGGGGGGGUUCAGCACUGUGGCUGAGGUGGCGGAAGUAGAGACGGGCCCCCUGACAUCCCAGCUGGCCCUUCCACAAAAUCCCAUCUUACAUAUAAAGAUGUCUGUUUUCUA